ACCAAAUGGAAUAUUGAAGUGGGGGAAACUUAAACGAAUCUUCCCAGCCAAUGUUCUGCAGUUCUGAACCAGUGCUUCACAGUACUUACAUAGAGGUUACUUAACUUAAAGUAUCAAAGUUUCAAUAUUUUUUGUUAUUGAAACAAUGACUCUAGACGAAAAAUUUAAGAAAGCUGCAGAGGAGGUGAAGGAAUUAAGUGCUCCAGCGUCAGAUGCUGAUUUGCUUGAAUUAUAUUCACUGUACAAGCAAGCUACUAUUGGAGAUUGCAAUACAUCUAAACCAGGCAUGCUGGAUUUCAAAGGCAAAGCAAAAUGGGAUGCUUGGGAUAAGAGGAAGGGCAUGAGUCAAGAUGCUGCUAAAGAGCAGUACAUUCAUAAGGUGGAAGAACUGAUAUCCAUCAUUGGAAAGAAGUAAUUUGCAAUAUUGAAAAUUUAUAUAGAAAUUUUUAUCUAAUUUUAUCUUUUUUAUAUUCUUAUAAAUGUGCAAUUUAUUAUAUUUUAUUAUUAUUACCAGGGUAUAAUAGUUGCAAAAAUGUUUAAAUACU